AUUAACUCGUACAGCAUGAUGCCAUUUAGUCGUCCACAAUGUCUCUUCAAUCUUUCAUCAUUUUUGCCACUUUGGUUUUUGGUGUCUUCGCCGAGACGCCUUACUCAAUGUGUGCAACUAACAUUAACGGUGUUAGGAUAGACCAAUUCAAUGUGAAUAACUGCACGAUAACCCCAUGUCAAUUCAAGAUUUCUUCCCCGAUUAAUUUUGCCUUAAAUUUUAGCGCUAUUAUCGAUAUUGGAAAUGCUUUAACGCAACCAGUAAUAUCAGUAUAUAGACUUAUUUUGUUGGACAUAUCUGCCCUCGUAUAUCAAAACAGUCUGUGCAGUAUGAUAAACUGUCCCAUAUAUAAAGGCACCAUUGGAGUUGGCCUUACUUGGGGAACUACGCUAGGAAUCAAUACACCGGGAACUUAUACUGUGCAAGUAUCAAUUGUAGAUGAUUUGCAAACGGUACUUUGUACUCGACUAAAAGUCCAACUUACACUUUAGAUGGAAAAACAGAUGGCGUGUUGGUGUAGUACCUAUAUCGAAAAUAAUGUGCACAUAUAAUAUAAAUAUCUUAGAUUAAUAAACAGUAACGGUUUUAUCUGAA